GUGUCUCCGCAUUAAGACGGGAGCGGCCAUUUUCCAAAUUUAAGCGCACUCUAUACCGCUCUGAACCAGGCGUCUCCUUAUCGCACUGAGUCAAGACGGACAUACCGGCAAGGCGUGGAACGACGAGACCUGAUUGGCCUUCUGUAUUCGACAAAACUGCGACUUUACGAGAUUAACCACCAUCUGAAUCGGGAUAAGCGUCAGGAACGAGGCCCAGCCCUUGUCCACUUAGUGUUGACCUCUCACUUCUGCUCAUGAUCAGUCCAUGACUGUGUCUCUCUAUCCAUGGCUCCUGGCAGCCGCCCACAGCCUAUUUCCAUCCCUUCCAUUUCUACUCCAACCAUAGGCACACCCUCUCCGCCCUCCUCUGCCGACAACGCCCCGACACUUGGCCAUCAGAGCAACAGCAGCGCUCCGUUGCUUCGCGUUCCCGACAACGUCGACGACGGCACAUAUGACAAUCGCAGCAGCUUUGAAGAGCCCUUUUACGACCCUCAACGGCUGUCGCCCGUAGCGCCCACGUUCCCGCACAACCCUUCGCUGCUUUCUCCUUCCUUCUCUCCCACGAUGGUGGCAUAUCCUUCCCCUGGCCUUAACGGGGCCUUCAAUAGGGAGAACACGCCUCCCGUCGAGAGUCCAACGAACCCAUUCAACUUCCAGACUCAGAUCAUAUCCACAUCCCCCGUCAAGCCCAACGUCGGCCAACGUCGCGGUCAUAGGUACAAGCACAGUUCCAUCUCGGCGCAGCAUCAGAUCUUCCAAGAGCCUCCGCCUCGACCGCCAUUGGCUCUCCCACGCGACUUGCCCAUCCCUACUUUGAAGGAGGCAUGGAAAUCCAUGUCGACAGAACAGCGUGGACGGCUGUAUUGGUGUUGCUGUCAUCUCCUCAUCGCCAUCUCGGUAAUGCUGUCAGUUCACGGCUCGUUGGCGAUGACGGCCCUCUCGCAUCUGGUCUUCUUCGACGUCGGUAGUGCAGCAGUGUGCGUGGCGGUGGACGUGCUGGGCAACUUCGAGGUCUGGAAGCGAAGCAGUAUACGCCACCCAUUCGGUCUCGAAAGAGCUGAGGUACUGGCCGGUUUCGCCAUGAGUGUAUUCUUGUUCUUCGGAGGAUUCGAUCUUGUCAGUCAUAACUUGAAGCACGUCCUCGAGGGCUUGGGCGAUCAUGAGUCGCAUCACCCCGAUCCUCAUGUCGGCGAGGAUUCCAGGGUCCCACCAGGGAGUCUCGACAUAGCAAGCCUGGCGGCUAUCAUAGCUACACUGGUUAGUGCAUACGGUUUGCGGAAUCACGGUCGGAUUAGCAGAUUGAUGCGUGUGAGCUAUCUGGCUAGUCUUCCGAGCAUCCUCAGCAACCCGUUCCAUUUCCUGACGCUCUCGACAAGCUUUCUCAUGCUGAUGCUUCCACUGCUGUCGAUUCCCAUCCACAUCUGGCUAGACAGCGGUAUUUGCGGCGUAGUGGCCGUGGCCAUGUUUGGGCUAGGGGUUCGGUUGGCAAUUGCGCAGGGAUUCAUGCUGCUCAUGUCGUACGGUGGACGGUCUGAAUCCUCGGGCAGAAACAAAGACGUCGGAGUGGCAGACGUACUGCGUGAAAUCGAGGCUGAACCGAGCGUUGCAAGAGUGGAGGAGGCGCAGUUCUGGCAAGUACACUACGGGCUCUGCAUGGCAAACAUGAAGCUGGCUGUCAUCAAAGGCAGUGAUGACGGCGCAUUGAGUCAUUUAAGAACCAGGAUAUCUACGCUAAUACAAAACCGACUGGGAGAGCCAUACGGAAAAGGGGCGAGUUUGAGGUGGGAGGUCAGUUUACAGAUGACGGCAGAUGCGAGGUAGAUGUAGAAGACAACAGCUUCGGCUUCAAAGCUAUCUGCAGAGGCUUGACAUCUUUCCUGGGGCGUUGGGCGCUUGCUCGAAUAGUACUGUGAAGACUGUUUGUUCCCUGCGUAGAUAUCUUUCACCAAACCAUACACCAGAUAUAUAAACAUAUUCAGCUCCUCG